AUGACAGACGCGGACGAGUCUCUGGACGCAAAGGGGCCGACCAUUGCCAUCUGUGCCACCCAGUGCUUGGCAUCUUUCCAACAAUGCCUCCUCCGGGCAUCCUCCGUACAUCCCAGGGAAUUCUCAGCAGUAGAAGACCAAGUAGCGAGGCUAUCUACAUGGGCUGCGAGCAUCGAAAUCUUUGCUCCUGGGCGAGCCUCUAUAGAUCAUCGCCUACGAUACGCGCCAGAAGUGCAGAAUGUUGUCAUCGGUCUUCUAGAAUCUCUAGACUAUCGCAUCCGUACUUACACGGAUGUCCUUGAUGUGCUGGGCUUGGUGGCAUCGGAUACUCGAAGUUCCACGAACGAACGGCUAGAACAGUGUUUUGUAGACAUCGCGACGGAGAUCAGCCGUCUCUACAAAAUUUCGAGUACAAUCCGCAGCGCUAGCGAAGAAGACCAGGUUCUCAGGGCAAGCGACUUCCAGAUCACAGACGACGAUGGAAAUAGUGUGGAGCCUCUCCUACUCUGUCAUUUCGAAAAUCACAUUGGCUCUCGAUUUCCCAAUGUUAGCAAAAUAAUUCAACAGAGACUUGCUCGCGCAAUGCUCCUUCGACAGAAACGAAUCUUGUAUAGGAGACAUCAAAAAGCGAAUACCGCUAUCCAGCCGCAGAAAGCAAUUCCCAAGGCUUCCACUACAUUGUCAGCUGCUCGGCCAAGUGUACCUUCGGCGCAUCGCGAUCCGAAAUGGAACAACCGUUCAAUCACUGUCGGAGAAGCUACCACAGUCACAUCCCCACAUAUUCAAAGUGCCACAGCUACCCCUUCCGACAACUUCAAGAUAGCCUCUUCAAACCCUUCCAUUAUUUCAGCAAGAAAGACGGUCACCUUAAGCAGCCAUGAGGCACUCAUAUUCCCACCUGCUCCUGGUCUCGCCACUAAACAGAAGUACGAACAACUCAAGAGUAAACGCGUAGCUGAUUUUCAUAAUGCAUUUUGGCUUGGGGAGACGAUAUCAGACGCGGAAUCAAAGCUCAAUGAGUUGCUGAAAUUAGACCUCCAAGCAAUAGGAGAGAUCACUUGUCCCUAUUGCCUAUACGCGCUUCCGGCCCAAGAGGUGUUCGAUGACCAAAAAUGGCAGAAUCACGUUAAAAAUGACCUGAACCCUUUUGUGUGCCUCUUUGAAGAUUGCAAAGAGGCAGAUUUGAUCUAUGGCCACAGCGAUGAUUGGCUCAGCCAUUUGCACCAGCACAGCAAGAUCUGGCGCUGCUCCUCUCACCGCGGGCUGGGUCCAUUUUCUACACGCGAAGACUACAUCAGGCACAUACGGGAAGUCCACAGUACUAACCUCAACGACACCCAGGUCCGUAUUUUAGCAAAUAAGAAUGCUCGCAAGGCGACGAAGCUGUUUCCACUGUGCCCAAUGUGUGGCGAAGAUGUGGCCGAGACCGAUGGUCGUUUGGAGGACCACUUAGCCGAGCACUUAAUAUCCCUGGCCCUCAAGUCCCUCCCAAGGUACCAAGACGAGAUAUCAGAUGACAGCCGAGAGGAGAAAGAUAGCAUUGGGGCUUCAGAGCCACAAAGCAAACCUACGGUUGAUCACAUAAUGGAGGAUAUAGAUAUGCUUGAAUAUGGAAUGGAGCACAUCGAGUGGAAGCGUCCAAACCUUCCCCUCGCUCCCUAUGGAAGGCCGAAAGCCCAGUCUCCAGACCGAUCGCUAAGCUCUGAGUCAUUGUUGAGUAGCUUUCCAACCACUGAGGCAUCCACUAUAUCGUCUAUAAGCUCAAAGUCAUCCACAAAGCACAUUUUAUUUGGACAAGUUCCUCUAUUACCUGGGUCUCGACCACCGGUGGUGACAGAUAGGGGUACGAUGAAUGGACGGAUUUUUCCAUCAAAAGCUCGCGGGAAACGCACUAGACCUUUGGAGGAGUCAGAACGGAUACCGUCAACUAGAAGAAGAAACGAGGGGAACGUCUGCAUCGGAUGUAAAAUGGCUAGAGUCAUGUGUGAGGGUGGGAAAGACGGAAGGGAUUGCUCGCGGUGCGCCACUAGCCAUAAUAACGCUCGCAAGCCGUUUAUAUGUGCGCCUGCAAGCUUCUUUGAAUACGUUCAACAAGGUACUACAGCUUUACUUGCACUUCACGUCAUUUAUCUUGACGCCUUCACCAACUACCGCCCACCGAUUGAGCUACCUUCACAUAUCGAUGUACAACAAAUUCUCAACCAUAUUAGCUUAAUAUGCAAAACUGGUUGUGGCGUUGUCCGCAUAUACGGAAGGAAAGGAUUACUUUACGAGCUCCACCUCCACGCCUGUUAUUCAUAUAUCAGCGCCAAUUUUCCUCCCUUAACUCAUCUGUUUUGGCCAUUUAUCAAUGGACUCAAGGUCUCAAGGCAACACCACUGGAAAUCCUGCAUCAGAGAUGGCCACUUUCAACCAAUAAACGACGAAAACCUAUGUGAUACGCUGCUUGCGUUAGAUGACAUGGCUCCCUGGGUCACGUAUGCGCUAAGACCCAUGUCUAGUGACUCUGACGGGAAGACAAGCGAUCAACCCUUGACAGCCCUUUUUCCAGACCAUGCAUCCAGUAAGGAGAUCAUCAUCAGUAUCGCUCAGCUGUCUCGAAUUAUAGGACGCCAAAUGGAGCUCCAUUUCUACGACCACCUUAAAAAGGCCCUUGCUAGAGUCGGCAUCGACCAUAAAGUAGUACUCGAUGUUGGUCGCACACUCAUGUCUCUCCGCCGCCGCUUAACCCAGUGGACACACUACUGGGCAGGUGUGCCCUUUCAUACAGAAUCUGAGCAUGAAGCGCUGGUUAACGACGAGGAAAAGAGCGACGACCUGUCUAAUGACUCUAUGAACCGCCUCAAGCAACUUUGCAAGAUUCUCUAUGUUUAUUUCUGCUACAUGAGACGACGACUGCCACUUAAUGAGCAAGAAGGCAUGCGGACUAUGAUGGUGUUUUAUCCUGACAGUGAGGAAGAAGUAGAGGAGAACUUUCCGCAAGAUGAAAGCAUUGCUGGAUUUGAGCAGUGGCUUUCUUUCAAAGAUCUGCCAGCGGCGGAGACGACUAUCGAUAACAAUCAGAUGUGA